AUGCCGUCUACCCUCCUCUGCUUCGGGGUGGGUGUGGUCUUAUUCUCGUUGGCUCCGUCCACCCUGUCGUUCUCCCGCGGUGCCAGCCACACCUCCUGUCAAGAAAUGAUUCCCGGUCACAUUCGUGCUCAACCCCAGGACCCGCAGCACAGCUUCGUCAGCCUGCGCACAUCCGCCUCCUCUUACCUGCCUGGACAAUUAAUUACAGUAACUGUCCGAAGCUCUCGGGACUUCAUGGGUUUCCUGCUCCAGGCUCGAAGUGUGGAGGGGGGCGGGGGCCGAGCUGGAGGCAGGGCUGGAGUCGGGGUCAGAGCUAGAGGUGGAACAGGCAUCCGGUCCACAGGAGUCGGCCCAAUGGUGAUGGGAGGCUCCUGGACGCUCACUCCUCCUGGAACUCACACCCUGCGCUGCCUCUCAGACGGUGACACCCUCACCCACUCUGACAAACAGCUGAAGAGAAACCUUUCGUUUGUGUGGCGAGCUCCUGAUGCACCCAUGGGUGACAUACGGUUCUACAUCACGGUGGUGCAGUCGUACUUUGUGUAUUGGGCAGGUAUUGAGUCUGCAGUGGUGCAUGAUGGGAGUCGCAGAUCUUGGAGUGGGAGCAAAACCACAAAGGUUGAUGGAGAAACUACAACUUUUGCACUGCAGGAAAAUGAAGCUGCUGCUCUGCCAGACCUCAGAGCCUACAGCGCAUCAAUCCAACUAACAGAGACAGUCGACCCUGCUACCACCACAGGACACAGUCUACCAAGAGGCAGUGGAACCCGGAGCUACAGGUCUCUGGAAACAGUCACGCGUCCCAGCUUAGAGACGAACAGCUCUGCAAUUGGCUCUGACCACCUGACAAACCAGGCAGUUAAUGACAGGAACAGCACAAAGUCGUCAGGAGCUCUUCCAAAUGUUACCAGUGGCAGUGAGAGUUCAGGGUCUCUCUCUGCUGGGACAGAAGAAGCAGGUAGUGACACAGGGAGCUUUGUUGCUCAUACUGAGGACCUCAAAAGAUCUAUUUUCCAAUCCAACCGCUUUUCAACAGCCCCAAUCCCCACAGAGGAGAAGGCUGCAGAAACCAGACUUACUACCAGUGUUUCACCAGACAUCACUGUUCAAACCUCAACCAGUCCUCGUUCCCUUUCUUCCGUCCCUCUUCUAAAAGAUGUUGAUGUGGAAAGAAAAGAGAGGAUGAAGUUACAGGAUCCAAAACUGUCCAUUCUGACAAAAAUGUUGAACAUAGGUUCGACCUUUUCCUCGCCCUCUUCCUCCGCCAUCUCAUCAGCUCUCCCCUCCACUUCAUCAACAGACUUAUCCACCUCUUCCAUUUCCUCUGUUUCACCUUCACCUCCUCCUUUGACAGUAACAUCUUCUUCAUUCUCACUGGGUUCCUCGUUUUCUACGUCCUCCCCUCACCUAAGACCCUCUCCUGCUCCCCUUCGCGCUCCCUACAACCCCCGCAUGUCCUCUCCCUCCCCUGUGCCCUCCCAGAAGCUGACCAUGGGCCAGAGUUUGCUGAUUCAGAAUCACUUAGCCCGAUCAGAUCCUCAGCCCAACCUCACCCCAGCAACACAGAGAACAGUGGUUCAUGCAAAUCCUGAACCUCAUCCAAACCUUGACCCAAACUCCAAACUAAAUCUCGGGUAUGAGUUGAAAACAAACCUUCCUAAAACUGAUACCAAACCAAAACGUCCUUCCAAUCCCCCUGGGACUCCAGACAAAGAAGGGAAGUAUCCAGACAUCAUCCCCAGACACAGUGCCUGGGAGCUGGGCAUGCUGCUGGGCUGCUCAGCUGGCUUAGGCAUGGUGCUGGUGGUUGGGGUAAGGUACAUGUACCGGCAGGCCUGCGGCAAACGGACAGAGGUGACACUGAACGACAGAGAGAGAGAGUAUGAGAGAGGAGAGAGAGGGCUGAUCCACGUCCAGGAGUGUGGGGAUUUGGUCAGAGUCCGAAGAAUCAGAGAGAACAGCUUUGUGCUUCUGGCAGAGUACGAUAUACUGGCAUCACCUGGAGACUGA